ACUGUUUUACUGUAGCACUUCGGAACGCGGAAGUAAAGCACUUCUCCCGGUCCUGUUUAUGUUUUCGUCCUCUCUCCUCGGAAGGAAAACUUACUUUAAACAACAACCAUGGCCGUGAGCGCCGUCCACUUGGAGUCAGACGCCUUCCUGGUGUGUAUGAACCACGCGUUGAGCACAGAGAAGGAGGAGGUCAUGGGUCUGUGUAUCGGAGAGGUGGAAAUCUCCCGGAUCGUUCACAUCCACUCCGUCAUUAUCCUCCGCCGCUCGGACAAGAGGAAGGACCGAGUGGAGAUCUCCCCGGAACAGCUGUCGGCCGCCUCCACCGAGGCGGAGCGGCUGGCCGACAUAACCGGGAGACCGAUGCGAGUGGUGGGCUGGUACCACUCCCACCCGCACAUCACCGUGUGGCCGUCGCACGUGGACGUGCGGACCCAGGCCAUGUACCAGAUGCUGGACCAGUGCUUCGUCGGCCUCAUCUUCUCCUGCUUUAUCGAGGACAAGAACACCAAGACGGGCCGGGUGCUGUACACCUGCUUCCAGUCCGUGCAGGCGCAAAAGGGCUCCGAGUACGAGCGGGUGGAGAUCCCCGUCCACGUCGUUCCCCGAGAGGCGAUCGGGAAGGUGUGCCUGGAGUCCGCCGUGGAGCUGCCGCGGAUCCUGUGUCAGGAAGAGCAGGACACCUACCGCAAGAUCCACAGCCUGGCGCACCUGGACCCCGUCACCAAGAUCCACAACGGCUCGGUGUUCACCAAGAACCUGUGCAGCCAGAUGUCGGCGGUGAGCGGCCCGCUGCUGCAGUGGCUGGAGGACAGGCUGGAGCAGAACAAGCAGAGCAUCGUGGAGCUGCAGCGGGAGAAGGAGAGGCUGCUGCAGGAGCUGGCUGCUCUGUGACACGAGGAAGGACAUCCCACAGACUACCGCCAUGUCUCUGUCCCUUUAUGGACAGAACACAAAGACUGUAUAGGCACCUUUUUUCUUUUCUUUUCUUUUCUUUCCACCUUUCAUGCUGUCCAGGCAGAUCUGAGUAUCGAACCUGUGUUUUUGUGUCUAUAGAUUGAAGUGUCACUGUCGUUACUGAGAGCAUUAAAUGUCUGUAAUGUCAGUAAUCAAUAAAGUGACAUUUAUUUUCUCA